GGGGAGACAGAUGUCCGACCCGUCUCACUCCGUUAUUUACUCCCCCUCCGCCUCCCAGCUGAAGAACAAAUCCAGACUUUCCCCUCAAAGCUCCAUCAGCUCCGUUCCACACAACUUCUCUACGAUCUGAGACGCGCACACACACACACACACGCGCAGUAUUAUCACACACACACACACGCAGUAUCAUCACAUACACACACCUCUCCUGGAGCUGCUGCAGAACCAGAGGAGGAGAAAAGAGGCUGGAAGAAUUUGGCCCCGAGUCUCAAAGCCGCCUUCAAACUGCUGACAUGAGGUGCUGGCUGGUGGCGGCCAGCUUGUGGCUCCUCGUGGUCGUGACCGUCUCCAACGGCCAAACCGGAAACCAACCUCGCAACCAGGAAGGAGAAACCGCCCGGGGGAAGAGGAAGAGGGACGGACAAGGUCCUUUGCGGGCCAAAGCGGGGCGCUCCAGACCUCUAAAGAUCAGACUGGUUCCUGGUCCCGGCAUGCCGGUGGAGCCCGGAGAGAACCGAGCCAAGCCUUGGAUCAUGAAGCCCUACGAGAACCUACAAGGACAACACUCCAGCUACAACAUCAUCCCAGGUAAGCAGGGCCACUGUGUGUUCCAGGGUCUGACCAUGUUCCACCAGGCCGUCUGGGCUCCAAAGCCCUGUGUGACUUGCCUGUGUACCGGCGGGCGGGUGGUCUGCGACGAGAUCACCUGUCCCACAAUGCACUGCGACUUCCCCUUCACCCCCGCCGGGGAGUGCUGCCCCGUCUGCAUGGAGUCAGACCCUGACCUCAGCCUUGACCUUUCUGGUGACUCCCCAGUUCCAAACGACCACAGCGACCCUGUGACCCCUCUGACCCAGGAGGAGAUCCAGCGUAUCCUCUGGCGGGAGGAAGAGGAGCACCGCGAAGAGGAGGAACGCCUGAAAAAGAAGGAUGAGGCGAGGAAAAAGAGGAGGAAGCAGAGGAAGGAGCAGGCGGAGAAACAAAGAAAGAUAGUUGAGGUGAAGAGGAGGGAGGAGGAGGAGGCACUGAGGCUGCAGGUGGAGAAGGAGGAGGAGGAGUGGAGGAGGCAUAUGGAGGAGGAGGAGAGGAGGAGGGAGGAGGUGAAGAGGUGGAGACAGGAUGAGGAGGAUAGGAAGCGGAAGGAGGCAGCAGAGAGAGAAGCAAGGGAGAAUGAAAGGAAGCUAGAGGAGGAGCGGUGGAGACACGAGGAGAUGCUGAGGGAGGAACUCCUGGGUCUGGUGGAGGAGAAAGAGGAAGAGCAGGAAAAAGUAGAGGAGGAGGUGUGGCUGAGAGGAGAUGUGUUUGAGAUGCCCCCAAAAGAACCUGAGGAACCCGAGCGCCUCCCCGCCCCGAUACCACAACCUCCUGCUGCGACCGAGCUGAAGGAGAUGGAAGCAGAAGUGGAGGAGGCAGAAGAGGAGGCGGAGGUGGGGUCACACAACAGAGGAGGCCUCCCUCCAGGCUGCGACAUCUCCGAUGUCACUCUGACAUGUGAUCACGCCAGGCUCACCUACUUCCCUCCUCUGUCCAUCCCUGAGCUCAAGUCCCUCAGUCUGGAGGGCAACAACAUCAGCAGCAUCCCUGCAGAAGCCUUCAACGGCAUCCCGAACCUGGAGUGGAUCAACCUUAAGAAAAACCAACUCACCUCCAACAGCAUCGAUGUCAAAGCCUUCAAAACUCUGAAGACGCUGACGCGUCUGUACUUGGAAGGGAACCUUCUGGAAGCCACGCCCGCUGACCUUCCCCCGACCCUGCAGGAGCUGAAGAUCAGCGAGAACCGACUGAGCAGAAUCCAUGAAAACAGCUUCCGCGGUCUGAGCAGCCUGGUGAUUCUGGAGUUGGAGGGGAACCUGCUGAGUGAGGGGAAUGUAGAUCCUCUGGCAUUCGCUCCCCUCGUCCAGCUCUCGUACCUGCGACUGGGUCGGAACCACUUCCGCACCAUACCACAGGGCCUCCCCGCUUCUUUGCUGGAGCUUUACUUGGAGAACAACCUGAUUGAGGAAAUCUCAGAGGCCGUUUUCAAUCAGACCCAAAGUCUGAACGUGGUUUCUCUGAGACACAACCGGCUGGAUGAGACCCGGAUCGCCCCGCUGGCCUGGAUCAACCACAGAAAUCUGGAGUCCAUUGACCUUUCGCAUAAUGACCUUUACCUGGUUCCAUCAUACCUGCCCAGAUCUCUGGUCCACCUGGUGCUGGUGGGAAACAAAAUAGAGAGAAUACCCGGCUUCGUCUUCGCGCACAUGGACCCCGGCAUCGAGUACCUGUACCUCUCCUACAACAGACUGGACGGGGAGGCCAUCGAGCCCGAGUCGUUCUUCGGCUCGUACCAGUCCAUGGUGGAGCUGUGUCUGGACCACAACCAGCUGCUCUCCGUCCCGUCCGGCAUCAACGAGAUGACCAGCCUACACUUUCUCCGACUCAACGACAACGACAUCCGGAGCGUCCCCGACGAAGGAAUCUGUGACCCGCACCACAGCGGAGACUCCACCCUGGUGGCCGUGAGGCUGGAAAACAACCGCCUGGACCCCCAGAAGAUCUCCCCCACAGCCUUCUCCUGCGUCCGCUCCUCCUCCAGCGUGGUCCUAAAACCGCAGAAAACCAAGCGGCCGCACUAAACGCUAAAAAGAGACACUCGCCUCAUUGUGCCGACACAGAUUUGGGUUUUGACGUUCGAAGAGAGGCUUUCCCUCCCUUAGGUCCCUCUGCACGCUAGUGAAAUGACACCAAAAACAAAGAAAUUGCGCAUAAAAAAAAAGAUUCUCUCACGUGAUUUACAGGUUGAACAUGGGGAAAAUAAAUUGAACCGUGACGUUAUCUUCCUCAUUGGAACGUCAUUGUGUCUGAAGCAUUGGACUGAACCAGUUGCAUUGAAAUGAAAUUCUCUUCUUCUUUGGCUCUAAUGCAGCGUUUCCUGCCCGACCUCAACGUGGUGUGAAGAAGACAGAGCGAAAUCAAAACACAUCUGUCUCUCAGUAAAACGUCAAACUCUGUAAAAGGGAAAGAACCCCCCCUCACAGUAAAACGAAAGGCUAAUAAAGAGAUGGAAAGAAUUUCGAUGAAAUGAGGCCGCAAGCCCAGCAACAUUAGUUUUAACAACCUCGCCACCUUCCCGUUCCGUCCCUCCCAAAGCUUCGUUCAUAAAAACCCGAACAUGGGAAGGAGGAGGGCGGUCGAGUGAGAGACGAACCCUCCGAGCUCUUUGUGUAAAAGAUGAGGAGCCGCAUUAAAGCUAAUAAACAGCUGAUGUUAAUGACCGAUAAAGACACAGCAGAGGCAAAGUUAUGUGGAAUGUUUGAGGAAACAAACAAAUGCCUUUUGGGACGGAACCAUUGACAGUAAAUUAGAAAUUUCAACUCUUGUACACUUUGCUUUUGGCUGGCCAACAUGCAUAAAUCAUACAACAAAAUGUGUAUUUAAUGUGUCAACAAUCAUACAGUAAAAGGUUGACAUAGUGUCAGAAUGGAGAAUCCAAAUAAACUGGACAAUGUUCACACCA